AUGAAAGUGAUCAUCAUUGGCGGCGGGCUCGGCGGGCCCGUCCUGGCUUUAGCUCUGCAGCAGCACAACAUAUCCUCCAAGAUAUUUGAGCUGCGCGACGAACAUGCCCCGGACGGCGGCAGCAUUGCUUUGGCUCCAAAUGCGCUUCGUGUGUUGGACCGGGUUGGGGUGUAUGACCGGAUUUCAAAACAAGGCUACAAUUUUGAGGAGUUCCACCUCCUGUCAUCCCGGAAUCUGAGCCGCAUCGGAACCUUUCUAAUGGGCAGUCAACAUAAAUAUGGCUAUAAGGCUCUUCGAAUUUUCCGGGGUAUUGUGAGGCAUACACUUUUGGAAUUGCUUCGAGAAAGAGGGAUCGAACUGCGCUAUAAUUCGAAACUAGUCGAUGUCCAAGAAACGGAGCGCUCCACGGUCAUCGCGACUUUUGCUGAUGGGCAUACUGAGGAAGCAGACUUUCUCGUCGGUGCCGACGGUAUUCACUCUCGUGGGAGGACGCACCUCCAUCCACAAGCCGUUCCCAGGUUCAGCGGCCAGAUGGGAAUCGGUGGGGAGAUUACCAGGUCGAAGUUACCGAAUUCUGGCAAAGACGUGCACAUGCCUUGUCUGAUCCUAGGCAAGGGUAACUCGUUCCUGUUUCUACCAUCUUCGCCCGAUGGUGAAGUAGUCAGUUGUUCUGCCUCGGUGGAGGCCGAGGACCGAUCACGGGAGGAAUGGACUCGACUUGGAAACGACAAGCAGAGGCUUUAUGAGGAGCUGCAGGUACUGCACGAGAAGGAGGGCUGGCCAGAAAUUGUCCAUGUUGCUUCGAAAGAGCUCGACAAGAAGUCGCUCUCCCUUUGGCCAUUCUACAAACUACCGGACCUUAACUCGUGGACUAGCCCAUCGGGCAGGGUCAUUAUCAUAGGGGAUGCGGCGCACGCCAUGCCUCCCACUGGUGGACAAGGAGCCGCGAUGGCUUUUGAGGAUGGCGUCACUCUGGGUGAUGCACUCGCUUUAGUCGAUAGCAACGGAGUCGCGCCCGCCCCUACUCUCCGACGCUGGCAGACAGCCAGACGGGAGCGUAUCAAGAAGGUCCUUGAGUUUACCACCACCGGAGGCGAUGUCAGGAAGGCAUCAUCCAGCACGUACGUACAGAUCGUCAAGGAGUGGCUCAUGUGGGCCUAUCUCUCCUGGUUCGACAACGAUCUCGGCACGACUUACAUCUAUGGCUAUGACACAAAGACCGCUAUGGCCUCGGCCGGAGCGUGA